CUUCACUUCCGCAACCAUGAAGAAAUCAUUUGCUGCGCGGAGGAUACCCCGGAAGAUUGUCCAAGAUGAGGACGUCGAAGAAGAUGGAAAUCCUGCAAGCUCGCCCGCCUCUGAGGUAGUGAAACGUCCUCUUAUAUCUACCAAGCCAAAGAAGCGCUCCUCCCUCCGACUUUCAUUUGGCCCAGGCGAAAGUGAGGGCGAUGGUGGCAACGCCGAAGGCAGCCCCUCAGUAUUCACUCCAAAGAAAUCAAAUCUUAGUCGACUCGCCAUCGAAAAGAAUGCCGAACGUAAAUCGCUGUCUUCUAGCCUGUCCUCUGAACUACGCCAAGUACGGCCAGGGAUUUUCGAAGACCAGCCGACUUAUAGCAAAGACUACCUAGCCGAACUGAGGAACUCGACACCAUCUACUCCAAAGACAGACGAAAGCUCAUCCAAGGCGAUUGACAUUGCUUCGAAGUUCGGACCCCUCGCGAGCCUUAUAGGUGAUGGAGAAUCUCUCAUUCCUAGUGAAGCAGAAAUCCGGGAGAAAAAGGAGCGUCGUGCACGCUUAGCUAAGGAGCAAGGUGACUUCAUAUCCCUUGACGAUGAUGGGUUUGAGGACGACCACAUUUCGGACGCAUCCGACGUGCCAAGGGAGAUCACCUUACGUCCAAAAGAGAAAUACUCCGAGUCGCGCCUCAUACGAGAGGAUGAAGACAUAGCUGAAGGCUUCGAUGAAUUCGUCGAAGAUGGCAAGAUAUCACUGGGCCGGAAAGCUGAACGAGAAGCCGAGAAGAAGCGACGUGCAGCCAUGGCGGACCUGAUUGCAAUGGCAGAGGGCGGCUCUUCUAACGACGACUCUGAUGACUCCGAGGCGGACCGCAAAGCCGCUUACGACGCUGCGCAAACACGAGCAGGAACUUAUGCAAAGAAGGAUCCAGAGCUGCAAGACGCAGGACUCAAGACCCCUCCCCGGAUCACGCCGUUGCCAGAGCUUGAUGCUGUAGUUGCACGAUUGCAGGCUGCUCUUAAGAGCAUGCAGGACAUCCAAGCUAGAAAGCUAAAGAGGAUGGAAAAUCUUAGGGCUGAGAAGGUGGAUAUUGCGGAACGAGAGAACUGGAUCCAGGGGCAAUUGAAAGAGACUGGGGAACGCUACGAGAAACUGAGAAUUGAAGCGGGCAUCGGCGGCGCUCCAGCCACACCUAUUAGCGGAUCCGAGGGCACCAAAUUGAUUGUCGGUAGAGGAUUAGAGAGCUUGGGGGCGACACCAAUAGCUGCAGCGAGUGAUUUGAGUGACGCUUGAUGCCGGAUUCCUGAAAAUGCGGCGAAACACAAAUCAGACUAUGAGCGAGAUAAUACCCUCCCGCUCAUCCCACACUCCAUCUAGGUGCUGAGCGUAUACCCCAUGAACCUCGAGGAGGCUCAAAGAAUCUUAGAUUAUGGACGGAAAGGCGCGUCAUUCUCUAGAUAGCGGAAUAUCGAGACUCUCAGUGUGCUAUGGAUACCUGAGUGCAAACGAACCUCACAUAUUGUAAAGCAGUAAGAUGUUACGACCUGUCUUAGGACCUGGUGCAUUGACCUUGGAAGAAAUGGGCACCAUACAUAAUAGAAAGAGAAAGAUCAAGA